AUGAGAGGCUUCUUUGCCAUUACAAGGGCUUUUAUUGCCCCUGUUGCUAAAUAGGCUUUUAAUUUCUCUUCCUAAUAGUCGAAAAUUCAAACAAGAAUAGUCAUAAACUAAAUAAACCAACUGAUUAGACUAUCCUCUACCAUGUCUGGUUUACGAAUUGCUAAUUAAUAUAAUUAAUCAUUGUUCUCCCUAUUAGAAGAUGCUUAAGGUAAUAUCUAAGAAUUAAUAUUAUUAGGUAAAUAUGAUUUGACUGACCUAGAAAACAAGCAAAUGGGUUUACAAUUAAAAUGUACGGUUUCCUUAUGA